GGACAUUGAAAAAUGAUGAAAGUGAAAAGUAGUUUAGAAGAAAAAGAAAAAAGAGGCGAAUUCCUAAAACCCGACCCUUUGCUUUCAUGCAAUCGUAUUCUACCGUGGCAUGGACACCCAGGACCAGGAGAUCUUAGAGGAGCUGCUUCACGUACAGGUUGAGAUUCAAGAUGUACAAGACCAAAUACAGAUGUUGCUUGAACAGCAAGAGAAGUUGUAUGAAAGACAGUCUGAACUGAAGGCCCUGUUGGAAGCAUGUAGAGGAUCAGGAGACCCAGUUACAGAUGAUACUUCAACUACUGUUGAAAACUGGUCUGGGCAAUUUGAGUGGGAUUCUGAAGCUGAUGAUGUUAGGUUCAAUGUUUUUGGCAUAUCCACCUAUCGUGCAAAUCAGAGGGAGAUUGUUAAUGCAAUCAUGAGCGGAAGAGAUGUUCUAGUGAUUAUGGCUGCAGGUGGUGGCAAAAGCCUGUGUUACCAGCUUCCAGCUGUUCUUCGUGAUGGAGUUGCUCUUGUUGUCAGUCCUUUGCUUUCCUUAAUUCAGGAUCAGGCGAUGGGUUUGAUUGCUUUAGGCAUUCCAGUGUAUAUGUUGACAUCAACUACUGGAAAGGAAGAUGAGAAGUUCAUAUACAGGGCUCUUGAAAAGGGUGAAGGAGAUCUCAAAUUAUUGUAUGUCACACCAGAAAAAAUAUCAAAGAGCAAGAGAUUUAUGUCAAAACUUGAGAAGUGUCAUCACGCUGGUCGUCUCUCUCUAAUUUCAAUUGACGAGGCACAUUGUUGUAGUCAGUGGGGUCAUGACUUUCGACCUGACUACAAGAAUCUUGGCAUCCUCAAGACUCAGUUCCCUAAUGUUCCUGUGGUUGCUUUGACUGCCACUGCAACACAGAAGGUCCAGACUGAUCUGAUGGAGAUGCUGCACAUCCCAAAAUGUGUUAAAUUUGUGAGCACAGUCAACAGGCCGAAUCUCUUUUAUAUGGUGCGAGAAAAGUCGUCAGUUGCUAAGGUGGUUAUUGAUGAAAUUGCUGGAUUCAUUCACGAAUCUUAUCCAAAUAAUGAAUCUGGGAUAGUUUAUUGCUUUUCUAGAAAGGAAUGUGAACAGGUUGCAAAGGAGUUACGAGAGAGAGGAAUUUUAGCUGAUUAUUAUCAUGCAGACAUGGAUGUAAAUGCUCGUGAGAAAGUACAUAUGCGGUGGAGCAAUAACAAAUCGCAAGUUAUUGUUGGUACGGUGGCAUUUGGUAUGGGAAUCAACAAACCAGAUGUCAGGUUUGUCAUCCAUCACAGCUUGAGUAAAUCAAUGGAGACAUACUAUCAGGAAAGUGGUCGAGCUGGACGAGAUGGACUCCCUUCAGAAUGCCUACUCUACUUCAGGCCUGCUGAUGUUUCUAGGCAGAGUUCCAUGGUCUUCUAUGAGAAUUCCGGAUUGCAGAAUCUCUAUGACAUAGUACGAUUUUGUCAGUCUAAAAGACAGUGCCGGCGGGAUGCCUUUUUCCGACAUUUUGCUGAGCCAUUACAGGAUUGCAAUGGGAUGUGUGACAAUUGUGCAUUCUCAAGUGAAGUUAAGGAAAUGGACGUCACUCGUGAUGCACAACUUAUGGUUUCUUUGCUGCAAGAUGUGCAAGAGAAUGAUCAGAGAUUGACGAUGUUACAAUUGGUUGACAAAAUGAAAAUAAAGCACAAACAAGGUUCUGAACUGAAGAGAGAGGAAAGAGAACAACUUGUCAUACAGCUCAUAUUAGACCGUGUAUUGAAAGAAGAAUUUCAGCAUACAGCUUAUUCCACGAACGCUUAUGUAACAAUGGGGCCAUUAUCCAAGCAACUGUUACAAGGAAAGAAAAUUGUGAAGCUUGAAGUUUCUAGUGGGGAGAAGAAUAUGGCUGGUCUAAAAUCAGCCAAACGCAGCAUUUCAUCCUCUGUUUUGGAGUUUCAACUUGAUGAGAUGCGGAAAGAACUGUCUUCGAUCCAUGGGGGAAUAUUCCCUCAUUCUGUCUUGUCUACUCAACAAAUCAGCACGAUAAGUGCCCAGAAGCCAAAUUCAGUGGAACAGUUGGAGAAAAUCAUUGGAAAAUUGAAGACGGAGAGAUAUGGGAGUAGAAUUCUUGAACAAGUUGAGAAGUACUCCAACUCCGUGCAGACUGACAAGUUAAAUGAAGAACAAGGAAGUCAAAAUAGAGCUACCAAACGGCAGAAAAGCAAAAAGGCUCUCGUUCUUAUUGAAAGCAGUGAUGAUGAGGCGUGAGUGGAUUAGUAAAUUAAAGGCGAUUUUGUGAUGAAUAUUUAGUUGAGACAGUUGGGGGGAUCUUGACUGCUCUUAAACUUGAUUUUCCUUGUUCUUCCUUUUCUUCAUUCUUCUGGACCUGAAAUGAAUGAAUCAGUAGCCACAUUUUCACACCA